GGAGCGACGAUUCCAAAGGGAUCGCCUUUGGAAAAAAAAAGGAAAAAAAAGGGAAAAAAAAGGGAGCAUGGGAUGGCUCAGCCGCCUCCUGAGGAAGGGAUGUUCCUCCGCUGACACCACCUCCGGCUCCGCGCUGACGAUGUCGGCGCUGCCCGAGCCGCUGGGCCGACCCCGCAGCCGCUCCUCCCGCAGCCUCCCCGGCACCCUGGAGGCCACGGAAACCCCGGACCGGGAUCCUCGGGAUCACCGGGAUCACCGGGAUCAUCACCGGGAUCACCACCGGGAGGAGGAGGAGGAGGAGGAGGAGGAGGAGGAGGAGGAGGAGGAGGAAGAGUCGCGCAUCCUCAAGGUUUGCUUCUACAGCAACAGCUGCAACCUGGGCAAGAACUUCAAGCUGGUCAAGUGCUCCGUGGGCACCGAGGUCCGGGAGGUGAUCCGCUCGAUCCUGCAGAGCGGGCGCAUCGGGCCGGACGUCCGUCUGUCCCGGUGCUACGGGCUGCGCCUCACGCACGUCAAGUCCAGCGAGCUGCACUGGCUGCACCCGCUGCUCACCGUGGGCCAGGCCCAGCGCAAGUACCACAGCCUGCACCUGGAGGCCGAGUGGAGGUACGACCUGCAGAUCCGGUACCUGCCCGAGGAUUUCAUGGAGAGCUUCAAGGAGGACCGGACCACGCUGCUCUACUUCUACCAGCAGCUCCGCAGUGAGUACAUGCAGAGCUACGCCAGCAAGGUCAGCGAGGGCAUGGCGCUGCAGCUGGGCUGCCUCGAGCUCAGGAGGUUCUACAAGGACAUGCCCCAGAACGCGCUGGACAAGAAAUCCAACUUCGAGUUCCUGGAGAAGGAGGUGGGGCUGGACCUGUUCUUCCCCAGCCAGAUGCUGGAGAACCUCAAGCCGCGGCAGCUGCGGAAGAUGAUCCAGCAGACGUUCCAGCAGUACGCGCUGCUGCGGGAGGAGGAGUGCAUCCUGAAAUUCCUGCACACCCUGAGCACCUUCGCCCCCAUCGACCAGGAGAGCUUCCGAUGCCAGCUCGUCCAAGGAUGGAACAUCACCGUGGACCUGGUGAUCGGCCCCAAGGGCAUCCGCCAGGUCACCAGCACGGACACCAAGCCCACCUGCCUGGCGGAAUUCCGGGAUAUCAAAUCCAUCCGGUGCUCCACCACGGAGGAUGGACAGGCCCUGCUGCAGCUGGGGCUGGGCGGGACCCCACCGUCGCUGUCGAUCCGGACGUCGUCGCUGGCCGAGGCGGAGAACAUGGCCGACCUCAUCGACGGGUACUGCCGGCUCCAGGGGGGAACGGAGACAUCGCUGAUGGCCUUCCCCAGGAAAGACCGCGAGAAGAGGCUCAGCCUCCCGCAGAUCCCGGCCCCGAAUCUCGGCCAGAGGCUCUCCACGCUGUCCCACAGCGGCAGCGGCGAUUCCGAAAUUUACGCGGAAAUCCUGGACGAGUCCUCGAGGCCGAGAUCUGGAAUCCAGCACUUCGGGAUCAGCCGCGACGCCGUCACGCUGGGACGCAUCCUGGGCGAGGGCUUCUUCGGAGAGGUCUACGAGGGCACCUACACCACCCCGAAGGGGGAGAAGAUCGAGGUGGCCGUCAAGACCUGCAAGCAGGACUGCAGCCCCGAGAACCGCGAGAAGUUCCUCAGCGAAGCCGUGCUGAUGAAGAAGCUGGACCACCCGCACAUCGUGAAGCUCAUCGGCAUCGCCGAGGACGAGCCCACCUGGAUCGUCAUGGAGCUCUAUCCCUACGGAGAGCUGGGCCGGUACCUGGAGCAGAACCGGGCGGGCCUGGCCGUGCCCACGCUGGUGCUCUUCGCGCUGCAGGUCAGCAAGGCCCUGGCCUACCUGGAGGCCGUCAGCUGCGUCCACAGGGACAUCGCCGUCCGGAACAUCCUGGUGGCCUCCCCGGAGUGCGUCAAGCUCGGCGACUUCGGCCUCUCGCGCUACAUCGAGGAUGAGGAGUACUACAAAGCUUCCAUCUCGCGCCUCCCCAUCAAGUGGAUGGCGCCGGAAUCCAUCAACUUCCGGCGCUUCACCACGGCCAGCGACGUCUGGAUGUUCGGCGUGUGCGUGUGGGAGAUCCUGAGCUUCGGCAAGCAGCCGUUCUUCUGGCUGGACAACAAGGACGUGAUCGCGGUGCUGGAGAAGGGCGACCGCCUGCCCAAGCCCGACGCCUGCCCGCCCGUGCUCUACUCGCUGCUGACGCGCUGCUGGGACUACGACCCCGCCGAGCGGCCCCGCUUCCAGGAGCUCGUCUGCAGCCUCAGCGACAUCCACCUGAUGGAGACGGAGCUGGCGCAGGAGCAGCAGAGGAGCGGCCGCCACCGAGCCCCCAAAAUCCUGGAGCCCUUCCCGGAGCCGCCUCCCAAGCCCAGCCGGCCCAUGUACAAGCCGCCAUCCCAUAAUAACCUGCUGGCGCCCCAGCUGCAGUUCCAGCUGCCCGAGGGUCUCUGUGCCAGCUCCCCGGCCCUGGCCAGCCCCGCCGAGGUGCCGAGCGCGGCCCUGUCCCGCCGGACGCCGCCCCCCGCCCGCCACGGCCCCUUCAAGAGGCGCAGCGUCCGGGAGGAGGAUUUCCAGCGCCCCUCGAGCCGGGAGGAGGCGCAGCAGCUGCUGGAGCUGGAGCGGCUGCGCGUGGAGCAGGCCAUGGAGAGGCAGCAGAGGGAGAUGCUGGAGGACCAGCGGUGGCUCCAGCAGGAGGUCCAGAGCCUGGAUCCCAAGGUGUUCCUGAACAACAACAUUCCCCCGCUCCUCCCGGAGAAGGAGACGGAUUACACGCAAUUCACGGGGCCGCCCCAGAAACCGCCGAGACUCGGGGCUCAGCUCCAGCCCAUCCAGCCGGCGCCGACGGCGCUCCGUGACCGCUCUCAGGACGCGGUGUACGGCGGCGUGACGGAGCUGGUGCGCGCGGUGCUGCAGCUCAAGGACGACAUCGCCCGCGCGCCCCCCGACAGACACGUCCUGGCCGUCAAGAACGUGGGGCUGUCGCUGCGGAAGCUGCUGGGCAGCGUGGACGCCGUCCUGCCCGAGCUGCCGCCCUCGUCCCGCACCGAGAUCGAGGGCACGCAGCGGGCGCUGAACAAGGAGCUGGCGGCGCUGAUCGCCAAGCUCCGCCUGGCGCAGCAGAACCGCGGCUCCUCGCUGGCGCCCGAGUGCCGCCGGCUGAUGCUCGGCCACGCCCACGCCCUCGCCGUCGACGCCAAAAACCUCCUGGACGCCGUCGACCAGGCCCGGCCCCUCGGCACCGCCCCCCCCGAGUGAUCCAGGAGAUGGAACGUUCCGGAAAAUCGGAUUUUCCCAUGGUUUAUUGGUUUUUUCGUUCCGGGAGUGAAAUCGGAUUUUCCCAUGGUUUAUUGGAUUUUUCCGUGGUUUAUUGG